GUGUCAAACUGGGAGUUAAUCAACACCGCGAGCCCUGUCAAGCGUGAGGACGCACUGACGCGUUUUAAUGUCAAAGAAACUAAAUAAUCAAACAUAAAAAUCGACUUUAUUGAUUAUGAGAGGAGAUGCAGCGACGGAGAAUGAGGUGGAGGCGGAUGAUUAUGGAGGUGGUGUUGCAGCAGCAGAAACAUCUGGAGAAAGAAGACCUAGUAUUGUGAAGCUACAAAGUAUGCUGAAGAAAGUUUCCCAAAGUCCUUUCCAUAGUCAAUACAAGGCUCUUGUUCCAUCAACCUCUGACUCCAGUGGAUCAUCUGCGAAUGAGUCUCGAAACAAACAGGAUGGCGAGCUCCUCUGCGACCUCCCAGCUGCUGCUACAGGUGUGACCGACAACCCGCAGCUCCACUCAGAACAGAACGGUUUGAAGACGGAUGAGAAUCAUCUCCCCGCUGUGGCAAAGAAUGGAGUCAAUGGAAGCUCGGCCAGAAUGAACCCUUUCUAUACUUAUUAUAUGGAAUCGGGCAACAAAGGUCACCUAAUGGAGGAUGCAGGUGGGACACCCUCAGAAGGAAACCUCGAUGCCAUCUUUGUCCCUCCACCUGAAUUUCAGAGUUCACCUCUGGAUCUUCAAACUGAGAUUAAGAGUGCAGAAGAUGAAGCCGAACCUUCUGAGCCUCCUUUGCAAGGCCACUUCCAGACAUCGACAUUGGCACGAAACCCAUCUACCAAUGGCCAUUUUCGUGAUGUAACCCUGAACUCACCAGAUUUAUUUAGGCCAGUUCCUGCUCAGAGAAAGAACCUCUCGAAAACCGUGGAAUUAAAAAGCUCUGAGCUGAUUAAAGAUGAAGGGGUCAAUCUUUUCCAGGCUGCUAAAGGAGAGGAUUUAUUCCACGCUGGACACACUAGAGAGGUGAACCUCUCCGAAAAAUCUCCAAGCAUUUUUACAGACCCAUUCAGAUCACCUUUAAACAAGGAGGUUGAUCUGUUCCAGUCGCCACAGCCUGUUGUUUCAAACCCAUUUUAUACUGCCAAGACCGAUGGAGCAGAUUUGUUUCAAACAGUUCCAACCAAAAAUGGGGAACAUCCAUCUACAACAGAAGACCUUUUUGGCAUGUCCUCAAUGAAAAAUCUGGAUAUAUUUUCCCCAUCAGCAACAAAUACAGCUGAUCCAUUCCCAAGCCCAAUUACAAUGGAUUUAUUCCAAAAUGUUUCCAGUUUGGAAGACCCGUUUGGUCCUACUCCCUCAAAACAAUACAACCCUUUCCAUAGCUCAAAUGGGACUCCAGACAUCUUCCAACCACUAGAGACGAACAACAAGGAUAUAUUUGAGAUAACCCCGAGUAGUGCAACCUCUGUGGCCGCAUACUCUACACCUUCAUUCAACAGUCCAUCAGAAAUGGAGUUGGACACACUACCGUCCUCACCAGAUCUCUUCAAAGCAACCCCGUCAGGAUCCAGCCUAGAUAUCCAACCGAAGUCUCCAGAUGAGAUUGUCUUGAUGACUCCUCAAGGAAGUAAACAUGAUAUUCUUCUGCCAACUCCCUUCACCCGUGCCAGGAAUCUGUCCAUGGCGCUCAGCCAAUCUCCAUCUGAAAUGACUCAUGUGUCGACCUUCAGACGUCCACCAAAACCACUUCCUCGAAUUAGACCACCAAGCAAAGAGAAGCCACCCAGGCCAGAAAAGCCACCGAAACCAGAAAAGCCACCCACACCAGCAAACUCUAUUGAACCAGUUGUACCGAAAACUUCUCCUAAACUUGCCUUCAGACCACUCCCAAAACCAGUUACCCGCCUCAAACCAAAGACUCCGGAAAAUAAACUGGCAGACCCUGAGAACUAUGUCGUCUUUGAGGACAUCCUGCUCACUGGACAGGAGAGGUGUGUUGAAGACUGGCCUGAAAACAGCCCUCAGCUUGACCCCGACUUUAAACCAUCUGGAACUUUGAGACUACGGCGAGAAUCACUGAAUAUGAAGGCGGACUCUGAUGGAGGGAGUGGCGACGAUCAGGAAGCCUCUGGGAGUCAUGGAAAGAAAAAAGACAAAAAAUUCAAAAUGUCUCUUCUUUCCAGAAGAGGCUCAAAGGAUAAGUUUGCUGAUGAGACGAAGGACGGGAGGAGCAGGACACUACCCACAACUCGUAAAUCAUCAAAGGAGUAUUUUUCAGACAUACACAUGUCGGCAGAGGAGUAUGAAGAUGCAGAGCAGAAUGGGAUGGACUACAAAAAGAAUCAUCUGAAGACCAAAGUCAAUCAGCUGCUUAGAAGAGCAUCGACUUUUUCCUCUGUGCCAGAGAAAAAACACAUGAACGGACACUUACCUGAAGAAUUAAAGGAUGGUGACCUGAAUAAGAAAAGUAUUCGCAAGGAAGACUCCGUACGCCGAUGGUCAGAGGGGGCGGCUUUGGACAACAGCACCGGUGAGGAGGAGGAAGUACGGGGAGCUCAGCACGAAGAGAAGAGAAAAAAGAAGGUGAAGAUCAAGUUUGUGCCGCAGAGAGGAUUCGCCAUCGUGAAGACGGACGCUGAGCCGAAGGGAGCGCACGGAUACACGCCUCGGAAAGGCUCCAAGGAGAAGUCACAAGAUGAAGUUCACGGUGCACAUGGCUACACGCCGCGGAAGAAGUCUCAGGAUGAUGGUAUUGAGGAUGUGGCAGAGCAGAGAGGACACAGUCUUCAGUCAAGAAGCAAGGCUUAUGCUUUCAUGGGAGAUGAACAGUUUCAGAAAAUGCACCGUCCGUCCGUUGGAUUGGACGAAGAUGAAGAUCCGUAUAAAAUGGCAGACUGCAGACCUAAGAAACCAACAAAGAAACCGCUGCACGUUGGUCGCCGAAGCUCCAAGGAGGGCAUGCUGGAUGAAACUAGUUCUCAGAAAAAGAAGAGCAGCUUCUCAGCAGACGAAUUAGACAACGGCAAACUAAACGGGGUGGAGGACUGCAACCCGGGUAAUUUCGCUCAGGACAACAUCUUUCAAAAAGGGAAAGAUUCCAUGAGUCCUGAAGAUUUGUACGACAGCGAACAAGAUGACCUGGAAACCUGCAAAGCGACGAAGCCGUCCAAACUUAAAGGCCUCAAAAAACACAAGGCUAAGAGCAAAGCCAUGCAACUGGAGUGGGAAGAUCCACCAGGAGCGACGUCGAGCGACUUCCUGUCAGAGGCCGCCAAGGCGGAGUGGCUGGCUGCUCAGAUGGAUGAGCGCACUAUGGCAGGUCUGGAGGAUGAGGACGAGGACGGGGACACUGACAGUUUGAUGGAGUGGUGGUACACCGUGGAACAAUGGGAUGAGGUGCCAUCAGACGAAGAGGACAAAAUCAUGAAACAAGACGAGUCCAAAUCAUUCACCAUCUUGGCGGAGAAGGUCUAUCGCGGCCUGCGCCUCUUCAACAAAGUCUUCACGGAGCGAGCCGAGGUCCUCUGGCAGUCCAUCAUCCGGCUCCAUGCCAUCGCCGACGACAUCAGCAAUUUCCACCACAAGGCCAAGAUCGCCGGCAUCACUGGCGGCACCACCACGGCUGUGGGUGGCGUGACCGCCAUCGCCGGUUUGGUUAUGGCUCCCUUCACCUUUGGUGCCUCUCUCGUAGUUACCGCUGUAGGUGUCGGCGUGGCAACGGCCGGUGGAAUCGCUUCAGCCUCUGCAGCCAUCUCGGAUAAUGUCAACAACAUGCACGACCGGAAGAAGGUCGAGAUAGUACUGGAGGAGUAUGAGGGUCACUUGAAGGACAUCGGAAAGAUCCUCCACUUUGUCAAUCAGGGCGUGUACAAACUCCGUGGCCAUCCUUUCCUCAGGUCUGGCACCCAACACUACUCGAGCGACUGGGAGAUCCGCAGGGCCGUCCAGAUGAUCUGCUUGGUGGACUCGCCCGUGAUGCGUGCUGCAGAGAUAACGGACACGGCGAUCACCUCGGUCCAAGGACUCUUCAAAGGCAUGGACAAGUUCUUCAUCAAGGACUCCCGAGAGCUGAAGAAAGGCUGCAAGAAAGAGGUGGUGGCUCAGAUAAAGGAGGUGGCAAACAUCCUCAAUGACGGGAUAGUGGAGCUUAACGUCAUCAGAGAGGAGCUACAGGAUGCUACUGGGAGCGUCUGAGCAACAUUCAGCAUUAUGCAACCUUGACCGUAGGGUUAUCUCAAAGAACACCAGCCACCUCUGCUGGAUAAAUGAGGGAACUGUAGGUGCAAAGGAAUUCAUGAGGUGUGGACCUGCUGUAAAGUAGUUUCAGUCUUUAUUCACACUUUUAAAGAAAAAUCUGUGACAUUAUAAGAAGUUUAGACAAUCAACAGUUUCUUUUAAUAGAUUGAAAUUAUCCUGCAAAAAUACAACCACUGUGAAGCUAUCUGGUCAUUAUUUUAUUGUAAUUUUGGUAAAGAGGUGUUACUUAAACUUUUGUAGCUUUUGGGGCUGUGGAUCAUUCUUGUUGUAUUUGUAUUAUAUUGUAUAUAUAGAUGUGUACUGUACACAUGGGUACUGUGUAAAAUAACAGAUUAGCGUUUUUGUGCACUAUUUGUGGGUAAAAGGUGUAACAUUUAAAUGUAUUUACUCACUGUUCACUAUUAUAAACAGGAGCACCUUACAGUAUAUUGCAAAAUCCAACAAUAACGCCUCUCUGACAGUUUCAACAACAAAUGUAUAUAAAUAUAUAAAGUGUUUUUUUUUUAAUGUGUCUGUAAAAACUUGUUUUUUUGUCCCCUGUAUUUUGUCCUUUCUGUGUCCGAUGAACAAACGAUUGUAGUCGAGAAUCUGCAAGACUCAAAAUUGGACUUUGUUGGAUUUGAACGUGUUUACUUUGGCAUGUCGAUAGUUUUUAAAGUUUCAGUUUACCGACAGGACUGUUGACGCUAAUCUGCUGCUCACAUAAUCGUUACACAAUAUUUUGUUUUUAAUGCGUGUGACUGUUCCAUAUUCACAAUACAAUGUUGUAUAUAGGGAAAUUUAUUUUUAACCCGAUGAAAUGAAUGUGUUCAUCUUAAUGCUUGUUGAGAUGAAGGUUGUGGUUCACUGGUGUGCAGCUUCGCAGGUCUGAUGGUAAAGUACUUCUGUACUUAAAGUCACGUACGCUGAACGCCUUAUAGAUUAUGUGCAUGUAUAUUUCAGCUAUAUGAAGAAUCCUUUUAUUGCUACACACAUAUGUGUGGUACCUUAAUGAUUUUAACCUGUAUGUACCUGUAACAUUCUGUUUAACUGUCAGAGCCAAAGCUAACAUUCAUGUUUUAUGUACAUUGAGAAUACAGAAAGAUUUGUUACUGUGUUUAAAUAUGAAGUAUUCUGUCCUGCAUUAUUUUAACCUGAACAGAAAAUAUUGAAACAUUAAA